AUGCAAAAGCAAAAUUAAAAUCAAGGUUCUUUCUAUAAUAAAAAUUAGCUAACAUUGAUUUCAAUUAGUAAUAUACGCUAGAUGAUAAUCAUUAUUAUCAAUUACCACUUUUGAUUGUUGGAAAUUUUAAAGGUCAAAGAAGUCAUUUUAAUGUAAAUAUAAUUGUAACUUUUUAGUAUCAGCAAGACAUUAAAAAUUUAGAUGAGGAUUUAAAGGAGAUUGCAGAGUCGACAGUCGUUAAACUUAAAGAAUAUGCAAAAGUUUGGGAUGUUGAUUCAACUAAUUAAAAUUAAAGAUAUUACUUCAAUAUUCCUCCAACAAGUUUCUAGCAAAAAAUUAAAUAGUUUGAAUUACCAAAAAAUUUUCAAGCUGUAAAGUUUUUCUUUUAUUACUUUAGUAUGAAUAUAAUGCUGUUUCCAAUUUAUCUGAAAAACAAAUUAAGUAAAUGUAUGAAACUGGAACAUUUGAAGUUCCCUCAAAUUAAUUUCCCAUCCCAUACGUUUGGUAGAUAUCUUCUUGGGUUAUUAAAGGUACAAUCUUUACUUCUAUCAAAGGCAAAAAAAAUAUCAAAAAUUCAUAAUAUUUGGAUCUUGCAAGAGCUUAUAAAGCUUAUAGAACUUGGCUCAAUUACAUUGCUUAAGAAAAAGAUGAAAUCGGUAGAAACAUAUCAAUAAGGUCUGCAAUCUAUAAUAUUGGAAUAGUAAUUGUUUUUUAUUAUCUAUCAGAGACCAUUAGUCAUAUUUUCUAUAUUUUUUGGAUUUAAAGAAAUUUAUUCUUAUGUAGAUGAACAAAAAAUAUUAUCAUUAAUUGAGACAUAAAGAUAACUUGAGUUAAAAGAAAUGUAGGCUAUUAAUAUGGAAUUAUAUAAAUAUUUAUAGUUGAAACCUGGGGAUUAAGAAAACAUUUAAGCGAAAAAAAAAUAUGAAGAUUUAUAAAAUUGUUAAAAUUAAUUUGAAAAGGAAAAAUAUGGAUUAAGAUUAUAGAUGCAAAACUUAUAUGAUAUGCAAACAGAAAAAAAAAAUCUUUUAGAAACAGAAGAUGAAGAAAUGGUUGAGUAACGUGAACAUUUAUAAGAAUAAAUAAAUCAAUUACAAAGUGAUUAUGUUAAAAAAUACAAUAUUUUUAUAGAUAAAAAUAUUGAUAUAUAAACACAGAUAGAAUAAGCUGAAUAUUCAGCUCAAAAGCAGUUUUGGGAAAACAAAAAUUAUCCUAAGCCUAUAAUUUAACAAAUUAUUUCUUUAGGAGACUGUUUUAGACUUUACGAUUAUCAUUAUGAGAUUUAUAAAUAAAAGUAUAAUAGUGCUAUAAAGAACUUUUAAGAAUAACUAAAAUAGUAACAUAAAAUAAAAUCGUAUUUCCCAAAGUUUGUGGAAGAAGAGACUUGUAAAUUCAAAAAGGAUGUUAAAAAAUAAAUAAAAUAAUAAUUUGUUACAAAUUUUAUAGAUGAUAUGAAGUAGUUAAAUUUAUCAGAACAUCAGAUAUAUUAAUAAUUUUAAAAUUGCAAAAAGUAAAUGAGAGAAAAUGUUAAAUAAAUGAGAAUACAAAAAAAAAUUGAGAAUAAAGAGCCAUCAAUCAAACUUGUUGUGUAUGAAUUUGAUUAAAAAAAAUUAGGUCAAAACGUUUAUUUCCACCAUAUGAAGUAUAUGAAGAAAGAAAUCGAUUUUAUUUGAGAAGAUAUAAAGAUUAUCAUAUUGACUCUUCUAAAGCUGGUUGGAAGCUUCAAUUAAUGUGGAUAAGAUAUUAUGUUUGGACAGUUAAUAUCAUAUUUUGGUUGAGUGCAAACGCUUUUUCUGGACCUAUUGGAAUUAAAGCUCUCAUAAAAAGUUAAAAAUUUAAACCAGAUGUGACAAUAGACUCUUAAACUGGAGCAGUUUAUCCAUCAAGCUAUACUGUUACACCUUUAAUUGUUAAGUUUUAUAAUGUAUUAGAAGGGAUGAGGAACUCAAGGUGUCAUUUUGAGACUAGCCCUGAUACUGGUUUGUUUGGGAAAAAUUUGUACCGGUUUUUUAACUUAGUUGAAGUCUACAUUUUUAGAUUUUUAUUAGUAGGUAUUUUAGGAGUAUUCAUUAUUUUACCAACCAUCAUUAUAUCUAAUGUGAUUAUUUCUACACUUAUGGCCCUUACAGCUUGGCUUUGGAUUCCAAUAACUAUUAUUAUUAGAAUUUUAUUUAACACAUUAAUUUAUGAUACUGACGUGUAUAGAAGAAGAGAGAAGGAUAUUAUCUGGAGAUCUCCUAAUUGGUUCCCUUUAAUCAUCAAUAUUUUUGAUUUCUUAAUUUUAGGAAUUUUGAAUAUGAUUUAUUGUUUAUUCAAAUUACUAUUAUGGCAUCCAUUUUGGAUAACUUUUAUGGCCGUAUUUGCUUAUCUUAGAUUUUAUACUCGAUCACUUUAUGAUUCAUUUACUAUCAUUAUUAUCAAACUAUUGGGAAGAGUUCCUUCUUCUGAAAAUAAUAUAGCUUGGAAGAUAUCUGGGCCUGGCUUAUCUAGAUAAUAUUUUUAUGGGGUAUAUUUAUUUUUAAAUUCAGAUUUAAUUACCAUAAGUAUUGAUUUUAGUUCAAGCAGAAUUAGAGAAAACAAUGUUAAAUUUAUAUAAAUAAAGGUUAUAAAAUUUUAUAAAUAAGCCUUCCUAAGAAUUAAGGUAAAAAAUAAGUCCCUUUUUUUAAUUAUUUAAUGUAGUAUCAUUUUUUAAAUUUAGGCCUAAUUCUCUUUUGAUGAUCCAGCAUGCAGAUAUUUAAUUAAACAAUUAGAAAAAUAACUAAAUGAAAGACUAGACCUGUUUCCUAAAAUAAAUCAUUAAAUUAGAUUCUCUGAAGAUGAAUUAAAGUUUAUAUUAAAACAAGUCAAAUCAUUUGUCAAAAAAUAAAUAAUUUUGAAAGAUAUGAAAUCUUACAUUUGGGAUACAUAUAAUAUUGUAAAAGGAGACUAUAAUUCAUUAUCUGAAAAAAUUAUGAUUGCAGUAUUUGGAUAAGCAGUUCUUGAUCCAUUUGAAGAUAUUGAAAUGAGAUUUUAGCUUGUAAAAUAAUUUAUUUAGAUUAGAAUGUUUCUUAAAAUUUUGAUUUCAUAAGUAAAGUUGAUAAAGUCUUGGAUGGAGAUCUUUUAUUUUAACUCCCUACCGACUAUACUAUUCAACCUAAAAAGUAAGGAAAUGACAAUAUCAUCUAAAAAAAAUUUUUAUCAUAUCAACAUGUAAUUAUUACAAAUGACUAAUUUAGGUAUUACAAGAUGUAUGGGGUUGGUAAAAUUUAAAGCAAAAUUAAAGUUCCUUAAAUACCAAAAGAAAGAGAUGCUUAAUAAAUUACAGUUUAUAUCUAAAAUAGUGAAU